CACAGGAAAAAUUCUGUGCAUUAUUAUUUUCAUUAAAGUUAAAAUAUACCAGAUGUCUGACGUCAUCAACACAAGACUGCGUAUUUGUGACGCAAUCAGCAGGCGACAGAACUGACAGCCGUUCAUUAAACAGAUGAUGAUGUCAAACAGUUGGUCCGGCGGUCACGUGACACCCGUACUCUGCGCUGCAGUCUCACAUGGAUCAGAGCAGCUGAUCGCCACCGGAGCCGAAUCAGGCGAACUGACCGUGUGGAAUCAUGACGGAUUGCCGCUGUCCAAACUGCACGUGAGCUCCGACGAUGUCACAUGUGUGACAUUCUCUCCAUCAGUGCCCACACUGCUGUACGCUUCUCACGGACAGACUGUUAGUGUGCUGGAUGGCAGGAAUCUGAAGUCAGCUGUGACAGAUGUGCAGGACGCGGGCGAAGAUGAGAUCAACUGUCUGUCUGUGAACAAGACGGGUGACACGCUCGCUGUGGCCGAUGAUUCUGGAGCCGUGCGGAUUGUCGAUCUACAGCUGCAGAAAGUCACCAGGACGCUUCAGAAACACACAAACAUCUGCUCAUCCGUGAUGUUCCGGCCGCACAGACCUCAGAGUUUAGUGUCUGCUGGACUCGACAUGCAGGUGAUUCUAUGGAAUCUGCCAAAGGUUCGUCCGCUCUGGUCGUUCAGUCUCACAGACACGCUUCAGGACAAUGCUCCACCGCAGACCGCAGGACAGAUGUUCAACCCACCACUUGCUCACUGUGUCAGCGUCACAUCCUGCGGUAACGUGUUUGCGUGCGCGGCUGAGGAUGGCUGCGUGCAUCUCCUGCGUGUGUCUGGAGACUCGCGGCUGUGGAAACGAGGCGUGUUCAAAGCUCACAGUCAGGGGGCAUCGCAGGCACACUUCAUCGGCUUCCUGUCGCACCCGUACUGGCUCGCUACAGGCGGGAACGACGGACUCGUGUCUCUAUGGGACCUCAGUGAAGAUGCCGUGGUAGCCAAUGAAAGGACGCACAAGCAACAUGUGAGGGCCCAUAACAAGAGACAUAAAGCACGAGAGAAGACAACAUCUCUGAAACAGCAGACGAAGGAAGAGGAAGCUGACGGUGCCUUGUCCAGUUCAGACACAUGUGGAAACAUCGGACCAAAACUGUGUUUGAGUCACAGAGAGAAGGUGAACUGGAUCUGUCCAGCUGUGCUGAAGGGGAAGCCCAGUGUUCUGGUGACCGACCAGAGCUGCAGUCCAACCGUCUACUCGAUCGAGAAACUAUAAACUCAAAAAGUGUGAUCACUGUUCCUUAUGGGUCUGGGAAAGUCAUGUAAAAUGGAUUUAUAUGGAUAUAGAGCUUAAGUUAUUAAAGUCAUUUAUGAAACUCAA